UAACUUUCGAGAUAUCGUUGUGGAAAUUGUCAGACAAAUAAGAACUGGAAAAUCUAGAAAUUUGAUAGCGCUCAUAUAACCAAUAGCUGAUACUUAAAGCAAAAGUUCAAAGGAAGAUAAAUCUUAAAAUCAAAACAUUUAACACGUUCUCGGAUCUAUAAUUCCUGACCAAGGAAAACAACUAAAUUAUACGUAUAAUUUAUGGAAACCACAAAGAAUACGGACCAAACCGAUAAAUCCCUAUAUGAUUGCAAUAUCUGUUUGGGCACAGCCAAGAAUGCGGUCAUUUGUACUUGUGGCCAUCUGUUUUGUUGGGCCUGCCUGCAUUUGUGGACGCUGACGCCAUGUAGCCAGCGCAGGUUUUGUCCCGUUUGCAGGGUGCCACUGGAUAGGAGUAAAGUAAUACCGUUAUAUGGUCGGAAUUGUGCAGUGCAAGAUCCAAGCGAUACGAUGGCGCCACGUCCUGCUGCACAACGGAUCGAACCUAGUCCAGAAUCUAGUUCAGUCUACUUGGGCUUCCUCUUUGGAUUUCACACAUCUCUCGGCUAUGGCAGCAUUCCGAUUGAGUCCCUUGCAUCCGCGCUGAAUUUAAACGACGAACAGGCGCUGUUUCUUUUCUUCGGUCUUUUUUGUCUCGGUUGGUUGAUGCUCUAGCACACAGAAAAUCAAAUUUAAAUGGGCAUAAUAAAUAUUCUACUAAUUCGACAUGUCCAACUGUGUAGAGCAUCAUAAUCAUAAAUUGUAAUCAGACCUAAAAAUUACUUAUCCAACAGAAUCAAGUAAAUUUAUGAUAUAAUCAAACAAGUUAUUAUAUAUAUAUAUCUCAAAAUAUAUGGAUAUUAUUUUAAUCUAA